UGGGGUUGUCGGUGAUUAAACCCGGACCUUCUGCAUGCAAAGCCUGUGAUCUACCAAUGAGUUUCGAACCUUCUCUAAAUAAGGGGUUAAUACUACUGGCCUAUCUCACAAAAUGUUUGUAGGGAUUACUUAGCUAACACACAUGACACUUUUGGAGCACUGAAGGAAAGCGCUGCAUAAAUUCUGUUAUUUCCAACAAUAUCACUUUAAAACAAAACAGAACAUGAUAGGGUGGAGUUUCAUUCAACAGCAAGCUGCAGUGCAGAGACUAAAAACAGGCACUUCUGAUUGGGCCGAUCAGGGAAACGCAGCAACAUCAAGAAACAAGAUGAAGCACUCGGAAAGUAAAGUUUCGCCAAAAUGGGAUAACAAAUCACUAAACAAGCAUAGAAUUGGGCUGCCAUCUGUGGAUACUCAGUUCAGCCUGGUUCCCUGUGACUCUCACACUAAGGAAACAGCAAAUUCUGCUCAAAGUAAAGGCAAAUACAGAACCCUUCUGGUCACCACAGACAACAAGAUCACAAAGAUAAUGUUGAAUCGCCCGGACAAAAAAAAUGCUAUCAACCGUGUGAUGUAUGGAGAAAUUAUACAAGCGCUUGAAGCAGCCGCCAAAGAUGAUUCCACUUUAACUGUUAUAACAGGAUGUGGUGAUUACUACUGUAGCGGGAAUGAUCUUAACAAUUUUGUGGAAAAUUUGCAUGAGAUAUUGAAAAACGACGGGAAAUGGAUGAAGGACUUUGUCAAUCAUUUUAUUGACUUUCCUAAACCACUAGUAGCAGUGGUAAAUGGUCCUGCCAUUGGUGUCUCUGUCACACUCCUUGGGCUGUUUGAUCUUGUGUAUGCAUCUGACAAGGCUGUGUUCCAGACCCCUUUCAGCCAACUUGGACAGACUCCAGAAGGCUGCUCAACAUACACCUUCCCAAAGAUAAUGGGCCCUGUAAAGGCAAAUGAGAUGCUUCUUUUCAACAAGAAGAUAACAGCGGAUGAAGCGUGUACCCAAGGGCUCGUGACGGAGGUUUUUGCUGACAGCACUUUUCAGGCAGAAGUUUGGACAAGGCUGAAAGCAUAUGCAAAUCUUCCUAAAAAUUCUCUGGCCCUCUCCAAACAGUUAAUAAGAAGUGUGGAAAAAGAAAUCCUGCAUGCAGUCAAUUCACGAGAGUGUGACCAGCUUGUGGAAAGAUUCUUUUCAGAUGAGUGCAUGAAUGCCAUAACAAGUUUCUUCCAGCGGAAGUCAAAAUUAUGAUCUUGAUCAAAAAACAUCACCAGUGCCCAUAUGGAAUUUACAUUUGUAUGUUCCGUGUGUAUUUGUAUUUUCAGUCUCUUGCACCUGGACUGAGUUAGAGAAGAUAUAUAGUGUGGUGUAUGUGAUUGGAUGGCCUGGUAAUGCAUUUAUCCUCCAAGUGAUCUCACUGCUUGCAUGAACUAUCAAGAUUCUUCUGUUGCUGAGUUCCAGCAACAGACAAAUGCUAUAUCUCAUAAACACAGAACUUCA